CAGAUUCACCGGACUAAACUCUUGAGAGGCCACAUAGCAAUACUGGUAAACCUUGUUGCUUGUCAGGAACCUGGAAUAUUUUAUACACCCCACUUUUCCGCAAAUCCGCCCCUUCCAGUGCCGUGACAUCCCCCUCCCCGCUUUUCUCCUACUUUCCACCCCCCUUUCAGUUUCAUUGCAAUAACACCACAGGCCCCGCCUCGUGCAGUGUUGAGUCCAUUCAUGCGCAAUGAGUAGCUAUAUCCCGAGACCGCUUAAGCUCUUGAAGAGCUUGAGCGUGAUUUCUGUGUUUCUGAGUAUCUUGCUACCCACUUUUUCCAUCGCACAAGACCACGGAGUUUACGAUCCAGAUUUUUCCAUCGGUCUCGUCCAUCCGUGAGCCACUUCUCCCCAUGCUGAGGUUUUGCGGGGUUGGCGCAUUCUGGGAUUAAACUCACGCAUGCCUUCUUGUGCGCGAUAGGUUCUCAGAAGAUCGACAGACCAUCCCUGGUUAUACUAUUCAUGGGAGUCCGCAGAUACUAUCUGAUAGACUUGUGCUUACCCCACCCUCGCCGGGGAAUCAGAGGGUCGGGUUAUGGACUACGAAGACAAACUCAUACCACGAGUGGAUACUCGACGUUAGUUUUCGGACGAGUGGAGGAGAGAGGCCUGGAGGGAGCUUCCAUCUUUGGUAUACGGCUGAGGGCGGGAAUGGGAAGGCGGGAAUGGAAUCUGUCUAUACAUCCAAACCUUGGGACGGUCUGGCGCUCGUCGUGGACUCGUAUGGCGGGGUAUGAUUCAUCUAUGACGAACGCGGAGAGCACUUUCGGGCUAACGGCGUCCGUGGAGGAAAAUAGUACGGCACUAUUAGAGCUUAUUUAAAUGACGGAUCGACCGAUUACUCUAUACACCACGAUGUGCCUUCUCUUUCCUUCGGGCAUUGCGAGAUCAACUAUAGGAAUCGGGGGACCUUUACUACCCUCAGGGUUACCCACAGUCCCAAAAGCUUUAAGGUUGAAGCUGAUGGAUCGCUCUGCUUCGAAACUUCUCGUGUGCGUUCAAAUACAAGUUGCGACAAGGGUGCAACCUAAAGCUAACACAUUUUCUAGGUGCGUCUUCCUACCGGGUAUCACUACGGUAUUUCUGCAGCCACUUCGGAGACCCCGGACAGUUACGAGCUGUUUUCAAUACUUCUCAGUUCUCCCGAGCGGAUCGAUCUCUCGCAACCGAAAGAUAGCCACCACGGGGGCCAACCACAGCAACACCUUGACCAGAACCAGCAUCGAGAGCAAGAGCAAGAGCAUGGUCGCACUCCUCACAAACAGGAUUAUACAAUGUACACUCCCGAGUACGGGGAUGAGUCACCGGAGAAGUACAAGAACGAGCACGACCAAUUUGUGGAUGUUCACAACCGUAUCCAGGGCAUUGUAUGCGCUUUAUCCGCCUACUUUCUGACCAAGGGAAGCAUGGUUAAUUUUUGGUGUAGACACAUCAUUUGACAGCUAUUCAAUCGCAAAUUGCGAUACUCUACGAUAAAGUAAAUUCACUUGACCACAAGCAGGACGAGUACCGUACAGAGUUCAGGGGGGCUAUAAUCCCUCGCUCGCAGAUUGACGGUAUGGAGACGAAGAUGAAGGCUGUCGAGGAACUAGUUGUGCAGAUUGGAAAUGCCAUUACUUCGAAGGAUUACACACAGCACUUUGAGGCGCUGCACAGGACUUUGGAGAAUCACCAUUCUAACCUGCUUUACACUGUGCCAAACAAGGUCACCCAAGGUAAGCACACGCUCUCAUGUGAUUUUUUUUUUGUUUCCAGGGUUGAGAGUAACACGGGUUACCCUAGCAUUAACCACAAACACCCCGAAGGUUGGGUUCGGGGUUACCCUCCUUAUCGUAUUCCAACUGGCAUUAGUGGUUGCCUAUAUUGUUUACAAGCGUAGACGAGCGAGUUCUCCGAAGAAAUAUUUGUAA